AUGCGCCCCGUAAUGAGUUUUGACGAUGUUGCGUGGGAUGAGAGCGAGCGAAUCGUGGAGUGUUGGGUCUUCCAGUUCUGCAGACCUCAGAUCGGAGAGGCAGCUGCGGGAACAAUGCUGGAAAAGCACCAUCCAGGUGAACCUAUCGACUUCACCGUGAUCGGGAGAGGCAGUUAUAAUAUCUGUUUCCGCAUGAAGUUCGACGCCAGUCCACCUGCAGUGAUACGCUUCCCACUGCCUGCUACCCUUCGAUUCCCCGAAGAGAAGACCCGGAACGAGGCGGCCGUCAUGCGAUAUCUGGCCAAGCACACUUCUAUCCCAGUGCCGAGAGUCAUCUAUCAGGGAAAGACGACUGAAUCUCAACUAUCACUGGGGCCGUUCAUCAUCAUGGAGUACCUGGACCAUCGGUCCACGGUCUACUCCUCUCUGAACACGCCCGGACGCCCGUUGGACCUUCGCGCCGUGCUUGACCCCAACAUCAACGAGCAAAAGCUGGAAGACCUAUACGGACAGAUAGCUGAGAUCCUUCUCCAACUGUCUCUGCAAUCGUUCACUCGGAUUGGUUCACUCAAAGAGAACCACACCUCAACGUGGGAGGUGAGCUUCCGGCCUCACACGCUCAACAUGGAGCAGAUGUGUGUGAUGGGAACUUUGCCCUCACCACAGCUUCCUGCUCCAGAUCGUACCUUUGAAACAGCAUCCUCUUACCUGGAGUCAAUUGCGGAAGUAAUGAUUCAACAUCUGAGGCACCAAAGAAAUGAUGCUGUUGAGUCUGCCGACGAUUGCCGCAGAAAGUUCGUUGCGCGGCGGCUUUUCCAGCGGCUUGCACAGGAAGGCAAGUUGAUGGAUCCGUCUCAUGACAACGGACCAUUUAAGCUGUGGUGCGACGAUCUCAGGCCAUCCAACGUGGUUGUUGAUGGCAACGAUCGUGUGUGUGGCGUACUGGACUGGGAGUUCACCUACGCAGCACCAGUGGAAUACACAUAUGCUCCGCCAUGGUGGCUACUCAUCGAAAAGCCUGAAUAUUGGAACGCGGGUCUUGAGAGCUGGACAGACUUCUACACACAGCGCUUGGAGGUCUUCUUGAACGCGAUGACCAAACGCGAAGACGCUGCCAUUGCUGAUGCAAAGAUGACCGAAGAACAGCGGCUGUCGACCCACAUGAGAAAGAGCUGGAACAGUGGGCAAUUUUGGAUCGUAUAUGCCUCCCAGCACAGCUUUGCUUUUGACCUGAUAUACUGGGAAAAGAUUGACCCUAUGUUUUUCGGCAUCAAUGAUAACCCGGAGACCGCGUGGAGAGACCGGCUCGCCCUCUUCAACAAGAAGGAACUUGCGGAGAUGGAAAUCCUCGUUCAAAAGAAAUUACUGGAGAUGCGCAAGAGAGAACUGGCCUGGGACUGUGACGAAUGCACCGAAUUUCUCUCGACUCGCAUGGCAAUCGCUUGGACUGAGAAUCCUUCGUCCGCCGAGAAAUUGAAGACAAAUAUCGAGCUACUCGCAAACUCCGAUCAGACGGGCACCAUGGGACCUUCUGCCAUGUCUCAUACCUGUAGCGGGUGUGGUGGCGCUGUAAAUGGAGCUGAUGAUUCGAGACUGCGAACCAAUCUUCAUUCACAUGGAAAUGAGGCAAUUCAGGUCUGUGAUCAUGGUGGUUUCAUGGUUUAUCCUCAUAUUCAAGACGGAUUCCAUUCUUGCAACGGAUGCGACGGUACUUGUGAUCAAGCUCUCCCUCCCGAUUCCAGUUCCGACAGCAAAACUGAUGGCGCUUGCCAGACUGAAAAAAAUAGCAAUAGUCCGAUUCAGCAUUCUAUCGACUCAUUCACUUCGCUCUCCAUGUAUCGAGCCAUCAUUGAAUGGGACAAGAUGAAGAAAGGUGAAGAGCGCAUGGCAAAGCCUGGGUCUUGUUCGCUUGCGUGA